AUGAGUGCCGAGCAAGAUGCCGUGACGAAAGAAUGGGAUGCCUUUGCGGGCGAAUGGGAUGACAUGGCCGCCGGUUACCGAGAUGCCUUUGUCGAGCUGUUGUGGCAAGAAACGGGAUACGACACUCCCGACAAGCAAAAAGAUUUGGUGGUAUUGGAUUUUGGGUGCGCCACGGGAUUGUUGACGGAAGCCAUCCACGACAAGGUGCAAAAAGUAGUAGCCAUUGAUGUUGCUCCAAGUAUGGUAAAAGUCUUGCAAGAAAAAAUCAAAGCCGCUGAAUGGACCAAUGUCGAUGCCUACUGUGCCGUGGCGGCCAAUUUGGAUGCCACCCCGCAAGUCAAGACGGCACUGGAAGCCCUCGAGGGAAAGGUUGAUGUCAUUGCGGCAUCGUCCGUACUCAGUUUUGUUCCGGCCGGUGAUUUGGAGGCCACAAUGAAAGUAUUAGCUGGAUUGCUCAAACCAGGAACGGGACUCUUGAUGCAUACCGAUUGGAUACAAGGCGAACAGCAUCCCGAAGGAUUUACAGAAGCAAAAGCAGAAGGAAUGUACAAAGCGGGAGGAUUGCAAGUCAAAACUAUGAAAACUCCCAUGAUGAAGAUGGCAGGACACGAAUUCUCCGUUUUUCUCGGUGUCGCGACAAAAAGUUAA